AACUAACUUCAGCGCAUGCGCAGAAAUUUAAACGAAUUUAUAUGACGAAUCAUGGGGUUUCCAAUUACAACUACUUCGCUAUGUCGGACAGAGCCGGAAACGCUAACCGCACCAAUCAAUGCAACCCAAAUCACGCACCAACCGGACCUGGUCAUCAGGCGGGUUACCAUGGAUCUGGUACUACUUCCGACCGUAACAACCACAGCCGUCAGUGUAAUCCCCAAGACAUUAAAUACGGAAAAAAG